AUGGAAGGUGGAAACGCACCAGCACGUAAAGUGAUGGUGGUUGCGGACCCAACCCGUGAGUCCGCGGCUGCACUCCAAUAUGCUCUCUCCCAUGCAGUGCUUGAGAAUGAUACAUUAAUUCUCCUCCAUAUUGAGAAUCCCAACACAUGGAGGAACACAUUUGGGCUCUUCAAAUGGCCAUCAUCACAAGCUGCCUCUACCACUGCUCCUUCAGCCGAAGGCUGCAGAGGAGAUUUAGACUUUCUUGAAGCAAUGAAGCAAGCAUGUGAGAUUGCCCAGCCGAUGCUACGCGUGCAUGUGGAGGUGGUGGAAAUGGGCAGCAAGGACAAGGCUUAUGUAAUUCUUUCCCAAAGCACGGCACAUGGAAUUGAUCUGCUUGUUAUAGGGCAGAAGAGGAGUCUAUCCAAUGCACUACUAGGGCCCAAGCGGAAUGUAUCGUUAAGAGGACUAGACACAGCAGAAUGCUUGAUUCAGAACAGCAAAUGCACCUGUGUUGCAGUGCAGAAAAAGGGCCAAAAUGCAGGCUACCUUCUCAACACGAAAACCCAAAGAAAUUUUUGGCUCUUAGCAUAA